AUGACCGUUGUCGAGAACAUUAGCUGGUCCGGAUUACUGAAGAAUACCAAUCUCACAGCUGAACAUGGUAAUGACGGCAACCACAUUGCCAUGGCAACCGAGACUUUGAAGCAAGCAGCCCACCAAUUCGCCCAAGUCCUUAAUGAACGUGCCAGGCUUUUCGCCAACAGUGCUCAGUUUGAUACAGCGUUACGUGAUGCAGCAGCCAUAAGAGCGCUAUUACCGGGAUCAGGGCUUGGGUAUUUGUGUACAGGAGACGUGCACUGUCAACAAGGACGUUAUGCAGCAGCCAUUUCCAUAUACGACCAAGGGCUUGAAGCAGCACCCGAAUCAGAUCCAUAUUAUCAGCAGCUUCAGCAACAACGCAUGACAGCAGUAUCCAACAACAGUAAACGCGUCGAUUUUAUCAGCCGGUUGCCAUUGGAUAUCGUCAUCACCAACAUUGUACCAAGGAUGGAGCGGCCAGUAUACUUGGAUUCUAUUGUGCUGUAUGAGCCUCUUUAUGUAUCACGUACAUGGCAGGCCCGUUUUUUGCAGCGACCUAACGGCUUGGACUUUGACUUUGGCCAAGAUGGGAUCAAUUUGAAGAGGGAUCAUGAUCAACUUGUCCGGUUUGCGCCCUAUGUUCGAAGCUUAUCAGGAAGCCUAUAUGAUGAUAAUUGCUUGGAUGAUCUCCUUUCUCGUGCACACUUUUCCAAUCUCAAACGACUAGUAUUGUAUUGUGAUGCACCCCCUCAUCGUGCAUUGAUAAAAGGCCUGCAAUUGAUUGGUGAUUCACUGACGCACUUGGUCAUUGAAGGAUCCCCUAUUGACGUUGGACUGCAUGGUAUUUUGGAAUCAUGCCCAAAUCUUGUAUCUUUGGAUGUAGAGCGUGUGGAGGCUGCUAUGUCAUCACCGGUAUCAUCACGUUAUCCCAAGAUCACGCACCUGGCACUUGACGACCUACCAGAUGGACCCCCAAGCCAAGAUGAUGUGAUUGAUAUCCUCAGCCGGCUUCCUUCUUUAUUGUCAUUCCAGAUUACGCCAAUGCCCGGAUCCGGUGUCUUGACUAUUCUACAUGAGCAUUGCCCAUAUCUACAGAAGCUUGAUUACGGCUAUCCGAACGAUGCGUCAUUCAAAUAUCAUUUACAAAAAAUUGAACUCCAUCCAAAUCGAAAAGGGAUCACGUCGGCUCAUCUAGGAUAUGAAGGCUUUGAUUAUGUGCAAGAUGACUUGAUCCAAUUUCUUCACCUGCACAGACAUACAUUGGAAACGAUUCAAUUUGGCUGUCGCUCUAUCGAUAGCAGCAAUUGCCGUUGGAGGUUGCAGAACGGACACGUAGUAUCUCAGGCACGUCAUCAUCGUCGAUAUUUACCUACAAGUUUGCUCCCUGAAAAUGAUCCAACUCAAACAAAGACUAUAUUCACACGACUUGUCAACGUUGAUUUUUCGCUUUGUGAUCCAUCAUCAUCUUGUGGUUUUAUGUUAUGGCUGAUAUCGAAUGGUCCCAAUCUCAAAGCCAUCCAUCUCACUGAAUCCCAUUUUCUGCCCGAUGUCUCAAAUGCCAUAAUCAAGAUGAGCAACCUUUCAAAGUUGGAAAUUACCAAGAUUGCGGGAACUGCCGAGUUUUACGACCCAAUCAUUUCGUUCAUGCAGCAUCAUGUUGCAAUGGAGGAUCGGUCGACGCUCAAAGGCAUCAUCCUACACAUAGACGAUGGGGCUAUGCAUGCAGUAACAUGGCUCAAUUUGAUAUCUCGAAUGAAGCAUCUCAAGGAUUUGAAAUUGCUCACGGGCACCAUUCCUGAAAUUUCCUUACCAGCAUUGGAGAAGAUAGGUCAAGGCUGCUCCUCUCUAGAAAGCUUAACGCUUGGUGAUACGUACUUCAGAUACGUCUAUUUUACUGAUGGCGUCAUAAAGUCUUUGUGUCAACAUCCCAAGCUUAAAUGUCUCACGAUUAAUGCCAAAUCAUUAUCAGCCGCCGACUUUUUCGCCUUGUCCUCAUUCCCUAGUUUAGAGCGGCUUCGCCUUUACUGUGAUAUUCCACCUUUAGCCAAAGACAUGUUACGCAACCUUAUUCCAAAUGCCAUUAUUGUAUAA